GAAUCUGCUCAUCCGAUUGUAACCAGAUCUUGCCACGUUCACUGCUCAAUUCAUCCACACAAGUCGCUCGCUUCUUCAUCUAGAAUGCUUGGCUUUGCAUGGCUGUGAUGACAUUUCAGCCGCAGUCCCCAAUAUCGAGCUUUCCUCGGCGCGUCGCCACCGCCGACCUCUGUUUUGUUUGAUGGGCGCGCAGCACAGUUUUUUGACUUUCUUUGUCUAGAUUCAACCGUACACUCUCGUCCUGGUCGAUACAUACACGACGACGACGGCCCUGGGUCCUGGCCGACAGUGAGCGAGCCCUUUCCAUCCAGAAGAUGAUGUUUAUCCGCCAAACAUGGGCUCUGGUCGAGAAGAAUCUGAGGAUUGUCCUCUACCGCCACUGGCUGGGCACCCUGAUUCGAGCCUUUCUUGCCCCCAUCAUCUUCAUGUUCAUUAUUGCCUAUGCUAAGAACUUCUUCGUGCCCCCUAGUGACUUUGGCAUCGGAAACCCUGUGCCUGUGCGGACUCUCAGCAGCGCGUUGGCAGCAUCGGCUGGAGGGCGCAAUCUGGUUGUGGCUGUCGACAAUGGCUUCACGAAUGGUGAUAUCGCCUCUGUCAUUGCGACCAUUCGAGAGCCCAUUGAAGCUGGUGGAAAGACGUUUCAACUUGCCGCAAAUGAACAGGAGCUGCUUUCGCUGUGUCCAUCAUCUAUCCGAGCUGUAUCACCAUGCUUUGGAGCCGUCGUCUUCGACUCCUCGCCAAGUGAAGGCAGUGGCGGAAUAUGGAAUUACACGAUCCGAGCGGACGGCUCAUUUGGCGAACGAGUGUACGUGAACAACGACGACAACGAUGCAGAAAUCUACACAUUGCCUCUGCAGCGUGCAAUUGAUUCGGCCAUCGCAUCGCUCGGCGGAGCGACUCUGCCUGAAACCCAGGAGUUUGUCUUCACCACAAAGACGAGCGAGGAGAGAUCUCGUAAUAUCAUCCGAUUGUACAUGGGCACACUGAUCGACAUUCUGGGCCUCGCCUACUUCAUCGGCAUGGUUGGCAUUUGCUACCAAUUGACGGGACAGAUGGCUUCGGAACGAGAAUUGGGCAUGUCACAGCUGAUCGAAGCAAUGAUGCCAAAUCGUCAGAGAUGGAUGCCGCAAGCCGCCCGGUUGCUAUCCUUCCACAUCUCCUUCGACAUUCUGUACCUACCGAGCUGGAUCAUCAUGGGAGUCAUUGUGGCAGGCCUGAACUACACCGAUUCGAGUACGGGCAUGUGCGUCGGAUAUUUCAUCGUUUCCGGUCUGGCUUUGAGCUCCUGGUCGAUUGCGUUCGCUGCACUCUUCCGGAAAGCACAGUUGUCGGGCAUCACGGUGGUCAUCGCUUCGAUCGUUCUGGCCAUCAUCAUACAAGUCGCACCGGCUCCCUCGACAGGCGCUGCGUACAUUGCGACGCUGUUGUGUCCUCCCAUCAACUUCACGCUGUGGAUCAUAUACAUGGCAUACUGGCAACAGGAAAACAUUGCAGCUGAUCUCUCUCAAGCGGCACCGAAUGCGCCGUGGAGGGUUCCGGGCUACAUCUUCUUCAUUUUCUCCAUCCUUCAGAUCUUCCUCUACCCCGUCGUGGGAGCACUGCUUGAGCGCACUCUGUAUGGAACUGCGACCAAGUCUCGGCAGUUGCGGUAUGAGGAGAGUGAAUCACGAGAGACGGUCAAAAUCACAUCUUUGUCCAAACACUAUCCCCCUGGUUGGUGGUCGAGGAACAUUGGGGCACGUCUGAGCAAGAACCCCAAGGAGACGGUGUAUGCGGUGAAUGACUUGAGCUUGUCUGUUAUCAAGGGCCAAAUCAUGGUACUGCUCGGAGCCAAUGGAAGUGGCAAGUCUACAACACUGGACACCCUCGCUGGUUUACAGAAACCAACAAGUGGCACCAUUGAGAUGGACGCAGCAGGCGGCAUUGGCUUAUGCCCCCAGAAGAAUGUCCUGUGGAGCGAACUGACCGUUUACGAGCACGUCAGGCUUUUCAACAGGCUGAAGGCAACUGGUAAGCUUGAUUCCAAAGUAGAGAACCAGGCUCUGGUUUCCGCUUGUGAUCUGGACCAGAAGAUCAACGUACGCACAUCAGCACUCUCGGGAGGACAGAAGCGCAAAUGUCAACUGGCCAUGAUGUUGACUGGUGGAUCUCGAGUUUGUAUGCUGGACGAGGUCAGUAGUGGUCUGGACCCACUCAGUCGAAGGAAGAUUUGGGACAUCAUUCUUGCAGAACGGGGCAGGAGAUCGAUGAUUUUGACGACGCAUUUCCUCGACGAAGCAGACUUACUAUCAGAUGACAUCGCUGUGCUCUCCCGGGGCAAUCUGGUCGCACAUGGAUCUGCGGUAGAGCUGAAACAUCAUCUGGGAGGCGGCUAUCGUGUGCGGAUCUACCACGAAGAUUCGAAAGAAUUGCCAGGCGAUCUGAUUGCGACCACGCGCAAGCAAGUGUACCAUGAUCAGACGGUAUAUCAUCUUGCCGACUCCGCCGCUUCAUUUCGAUUCAUCACGGAGCUGGAAAGGCUUGGGGUCAGAGACUAUCAAGUCAACGGACCCAGCAUUGAAGACGUAUUCCUCAAGCUCGCCGAGGAGGUCAAAGAUGAGCUCGAGAAGGGAAGAGAGAGCAGUCCAGCGCCGUCUGAGGACGGGACCCUCGUCUCCGAAGAGAAGAGGCUGCAGCUGAUGCCGGGAAGGCAGCUGUCAUUCUUUGCACAGACGUGGGUCCUAUUCCGCAAACGUGUCACGAUUUUAAUCAGGAACAAGUGGCCAUACCUUGCUGCCCUAUUGAUUCCAAUCAUUGCCGCGGGUCUGGUGACUCUUUUUCUCAAGAACUUCCGCGCACUCAGUUGCGCGCCCCAAGACCAAGUUCAAGAAGCACGAACCCUGUCGCUGAACACUGGACUGGCGUAUGGAGCGAACAUUCCCGUCGGUCCUGGCGAGGAGCAACUUACGGAGAUACGGGACACAUAUCCUAUCCUGGACGUGAACACAUCCGCCACCGUCUUGGUGAAUACAUUUGCAGACUUUCAAACCUAUGUGAACGCCAACUACUCGUUCGUCACUCCCGGUGGCUUCUUCAACGGCGACACUCCGACCUUUGCAUGGCGUGGUGACUAUGGUAUCCAGUUUGCCAUUGCCGCGCAGAACUUACUGGACAACAGUCUUCUCGGUACCCAGAUUCAGACAUCCUAUCAGCCAUUUGAUGAGCCCUGGGCACCAUCUGCCGGCAGUACCUUGCAGCUCAUCCUGUACUUUGGCCUGGCCAUGAGCAUCUUCCCCAGCUUCUUUGCGCUCUACGUCAACAUGGAGCGACUCCGCAAUGUCAGGGCGCUGCACUACAGCAAUGGAGUCCGUGCCGGACCUCUGUGGCUCGCAUACACCUUGUUCGAUUUCAUCAUCGUCCUGCUGGUUAGCGCCAUUGCCAUCAUCAUCUUCACUGCGGCCUCCAGUGUCUUCUACGCCCCCGGCUACCUCUUCGUCGUCUUCUUCCUGUACGGCCUCUCUGCGACGCUCACCGCCUACGUUGUGUCUCUGUACACCACCAGUCAGCUCGCCACGUUUGCAUUCGCAGCAGGCGGCCAGUGCUCGUUCUUCCUCUUGUAUUUCGUGGCAUUCAUGUGCAUCAUCACGUAUGUGCCCGCCGCCGACGUGGAUUCUUCGAUUCGCAUCGCCACUUUCACCAUGGGAUUGGUUUUUCCCUCGGCGAACCUUUUGCGUGCGCUUUUGCUGUCGUUGAACUUGUUCUCGGUGACGUGCACGGGGUCGCAACUUGCUUCAUAUCCAGGCGACUUCAAGGUUUACGGCAGCUGCAUCCUUUAUCUCAUUCUUCAAAGCGCAGUGUUGAUGCUCGUGCUCGUAUGGUAUGACAGCGGGUGGACGCCGGCAUUCCUCGCUCGCACCAAGCAUCGCAAUGCAGACCUGGAGCAGAUUGAUGAUACUGACUCGGAGGUGUUCGAGGAAGCCAAGCGCGUGGAUGGCGCCACCGAUCAGCUUCGCGUCAAGCACGUCACGAAAGCCUUUGGCCCGUUCGUUGCUGUGCAGAACGUAUCGUUCGGCAUUCCGCAUGGCGAGACUUUCGCUUUGCUUGGGCCCAACGGUGCCGGUAAGUCGACCACCAUCAAUCUCAUCCGAGGCGACAUGCGGCCGAGCGAAAAGGACAGCGACAUUUUGAUUGAAGAUAUCAGCAUCAUCGAGAAACGUGCCGCUGCUCGAACACAUCUGGGUGUGUGUCCGCAGUUUGAUGCCAUGGAUCAGAUGACCGCCAUUGAACACCUUCGAUUCUACGCUCGAGCCCGUGGCGUGCAAGAUGUCGAGCAUAAUGUGGAUCAGAUUAUUCACGCUGUUGGUCUUGCGCCAUUCAAGAAUCGCAUGGCAGGCAAGCUCAGUGGUGGAAACAAACGGAAGCUUUCACUCGGAAUCGCACUCACGGGUAACCCAUCCGUACUGAUCCUCGAUGAGCCCAGCUCCGGAAUGGACGCGGCUUCGAAGCGUGUCAUGUGGCGAACCCUCAGCGCCGUCUCUGCCGGCCGCUCACUCCUCCUCACCACGCAUUCCAUGGAAGAGGCCGAUGCGCUCGCUGACCGCGCCGCCGUCAUGGCGAAGCGCAUGUUGGCGGUCGGGACGGCCGACGAACUGCGAAAGAAGCACGGCGAUGCCUAUCAUGUCCACUGCGUCCACAAAGACGCACCCUACAGCAGCGAACACGACAUGGCGGAAAUCAAAUCCUUCAUCCACCGCACCUUCCCCGGUGCCAUUACCGAAGAGCGCUCCUUUCACGGCCAAAUCCGUUUCAGCGUCCCGGGCGAUCGCACCGCCGCCGCCGCCGCCGCCGCACAUGGAGGAGAAGACGAAAUUUCUCUCGACCAAGACGAAAAACUCCACAUUAUCGACGACAAGAAAGAAAUCCUCGCCACCGUUUCUCCCGCAGUGGCUUCUGCUCAUCAUCACUCCAGCAGCAGCGACUCUUCUCCCUCCUCCUCCAACAGCAUCAGCGCCCUCUUCUCCCACCUCGAAGCCCACAAAGCGGCCCUCGGUCUAGAAUACUAUUCCGUCAGCCAAGCCACUCUCGAUCAAGUAUUUUUGAGCAUCGUGGUGAAACAUAACGUGCUCGAGGAGAAUUAUGCGAAAUUUCACGAUGCAGAGCAACUGCAGCAGCAGCAGCAGAGAGGGGGAGCGGAGAUGGUGUGGAGGAAGAUGAAGAGGGUGAUGGCGACGGUUUAUCAUAAUGCGUAAAGGUAGGGGGGGUAUUUACGUAUGUAAUAGAUGGGUUCAAAAGAUAGAUGAACAGACAGAGAAAGAAGACAGAAAAGAUGAGACAGAGAUCAGAGAGAUCAGACAGACAGAUUAGAUCGGAUGGGUGGAUGUAUGCUUUGUUUUUGAAGAUGGAUCAGUGAACUAGAUGAUGAUGACUAUAAUGAUACCACUACUCCUAGAGAUAUGUAGAUAGAUGUAUGAAUCAGAUAAGUUGAC